GGUUCCGGUUGCUGUUCUAACGCAAGGAUAAGCAGAAUGUCAGAUAUGUAUGGGAACGAUGACGACGAUGAUUACGGUAUGCAGUAUUCCGAGGAGAGUACUUCGGAGCCGGACGUGGAUCUGGAGAAUCAGUACUACCAGAGUAAACUGAUCAAGGAGGAGAACGAGGUGUUGGCUUUGACCUCGUUCAGACGCGUGAUCGAUCUGCAGGGGGAGAGUAAAGGCGAGUGGGGCUUCAAGGCUCUGAAGCAGAUGAUCAAGAUCAACUUUUCGUUGGGGCAUUAUGAAGAGAUGAUGCGGUGUUACCGCGAGAUGCUCGUGUACAUUCGCUCGGCUGUCACGAAGAAUCAAGGGGAGAAGGCUAUCAACAGUAUCUUGGAGUAUACGUCAACGUCGAAUCAGAAGGAACUGCUGCAGGAGUUCUACGAGAUGACUUUGGAUGCUCUUAAAGACGCGAAGAACGAUAGGCUUUGGUUUAAGACCAAUUGCAAAUUGGGUAAAGUCUACUUCGAUUCCGGUGAGUUUGGGAAGUUGCUCAAGAUCAUAAAGCAGCUGAAGCAGGCUUGCGUGAAUAAAGAAGGCGAUGAGGACGUGCAGAAGGGUAACCAGCUUCUGGAGAUUUACGCUCUCGAGAUUCAGAUCUACACGGAGAAGAAGAACAAUAAGCUGCUGAGGGAGCUGUACGAGAGGGCGCUCAAGAUCCGCUCGGCGAUUCCCCAUCCGAUGAUAAUGAGCACGAUCAGGGAGUGCGGCGGAAAGAUGCAUUUGAGAUCCGAGGAGUACGAGAGGGCUUACGCGGAUUUCUUCGAGGCUUUCAAGAAUUACGACGAGUCGGGAAGUCCUCGUCGGAUCGCGUGUCUCAAGUACCUGAUCCUGACGAGCAUGCUGAUGAAGUCGACGAUUAACCCGAUAGACUCGCAGGAGGUUAAACCGUACCGCGACGAUCCGGAUAUUGUUACCAUGAAGGAGCUGCUGAUGGCUUUCCAGAGUAACAACACGACGCGUUUCGAAGGCAUCUUCAAGGAUAACAGGGAUCUCUUCCUCAGCGACCCCUUCAUCCGGGAACACAUAGACGGACUCUUCCACAUAAUGCGCUCAAACGUCCUGCUGAAACUCAUAAAACCGUACAAAACGAUCCGUCUGGACUUCACCGCCAAAGAGCUGAACAUCACCGAAGAAGAGGCCGAACACUUGAUAGCCCUGUGCAUCCUGAACGAGUCGAUCAAAGGUCGUAUAGACGCCAUCAACAGGCUGCUGAUCAUCGAGGAUAAGCAGGAGAACGUCCAGUACAAAGCAUGCAAUAAGAUCGUCGACAAGCUGGAUGGAAUACACAAAACCAUGGGCGCUGAGAUCUUAUGCAAUUUAAUUAAGAUUCUCAUCUUUCUGGUUUCAUUUAAUCUCAUUAUAAUAAAACCGCUGUAUUUAUUCAAAUUGUAGCCAUCAUGUCGGGUAUUUUAUUCAAUUGAGAACGAGAAGUCCCAGUUAAUUAUUAUCAUUUUCCUUCUGCCUUCUUUUUCGCAAAUGUUAAAACAGCAAAACUUAUACGCACGCGUUUCGUUAAUGGACUUUUAUCAUAAGGAAAUGCAUGUAGAUUCUCUCCUUUUUCGCAUCCUCUGUGCCUUUGCUGGCAACUUUGCAGGAAAGUUAAUAAAUUUCCUUAAUUACAUUUUAAUUGCGUCUUCUG